GUGUUCUAACACCGGCUCGAGCCCCAGCGGGCGAGGCGACGCUCCGGCGCCAGGACUCGGCACCGCGCCUUCUUCCCCCAGUUUGUUGGGCUGCAUGACCCCUGCCUCCCCCCACACCCCCGUCGGUGCCGAAGGGAACCUGGUUCUGGGCGGCUGGAGCCCACUGGGAAUGGCGGCCCCUUCUAUGAAAGAAAGGCAGGCUUGCUGGGGAGCCCGGGAUGAGUACUGGAAGUGUUUAGAUGAGAACACAGAGGACGCUUCUCAGUGCAAGAAGUUAAGAAGCUCUUUUGAAUCGAGUUGUCCCCAACAGUGGAUAAAAUAUUUUGAUAAAAGAAGAGACUACUUAAAGUUCAAAGAAAAAUUUGAAGCAGGACAAUUCCAGCCUUCAAAACCAACUGUGAAGUCCUAGGCUAUUCCUGAACUUGUCAGAAGGGUUGAAAACGAUUCUCUCGCCAAUGCUCCGCUGACCGUGGCAAUGAUGGGACUCACCAUCAGUACUUGUUCCACACGCAAAUGGUCAAGUAACAGAUUCCAUCAUUCACACUAUGAAGAGUCGAAAUGGUAUGAAGUAUGCUUAGUUUUAAUGUAGUCAGAAAUCUAUAUUUUAAGAAAAAUUAAAGCCUAUUAUAAAAACCCA